CAUUACCCCUUUUUUAUUCAUUUUCUUUCAUGUUUUCCUUGUGUUUCCUUGGUCUUCAAGCACCGCCUUUUGAUUUCCUAUCUCAUUCCAAAAUUAUUUAUUUGUUUAUUUCUUCUCCUUGGAAGGUUCCGGUGGUUGUGAGAUGUGGUUGUUGAGUAUUCUUCAAAUCUAACUUCACUUACUUUGUACGUACCUUGUUUUUCCAACAGAUUGGCUUCUUUAGUGAGUCAUUAUGCCUUUCGGAUUAGUCGCAGCGUGGAACAAGAGGCGGAGAAGCAAGUCACUUGAUCAAAUUGACCCAUGGAUAUAUAAAUCUGUUGAACGCUGGCAACUUGAUCAGAAUUCAUCCACAAAAAGGCGUCAUGGGUCAUCAGUAUUCACACUCAAGGAAAUGGAGGAAGCGACCCGUUCGUUCAGCGAUGAGAAUCUGCACGGGAAAGGAGGAUUUGGUCGGGUUUACAGAGGAAUUCUAAGGUCAGGAGAGGUUGUAGCUAUCAAGAAAAUGGAGCUUCCACCAUCAAAAGAGGCCGAAGGUGAACGAGAGUUCCGAGUGGAAGUUGAUAUCUUGAGCAGAUUGGACCACCCAAAUCUGGUUGCCCUGACUGGUUAUUGUGCUGAUGGGAAACAUCGGUUUCUAGUAUAUGAAUUUAUGCACAAAGGAAAUCUACAAGAUCAUUUAAAUGGACUCAGCGAGGAGAAGAUGGACUGGCCUUUAAGGCUGAAAGUAGCACUAGGAGCAGCAAGGGGCCUUGCUUAUCUCCAUUCUGGCUCUGCAGUUGGGAUUCCUAUUGUGCAUAGAGAUUUGAAAUCAACCAACAUACUUUUAAGUGCAGAUUUUGAGGCAAAGAUCUCUGAUUUUGGCCUUGCCAAACUGAUGCCUGAGGGCCAGGAAAUGUAUACAACCACAAGAGUACUUGGUACUUUCGGCUAUUUUGAUCCUGAAUAUACAUCGACGGGGAAGCUCACUUUACAGAGUGAUGUUUAUGCAUUUGGAGUGGUUCUUCUUGAGCUUUUGACCGGGCGCAGAGCACUAGACUUGAACCAAGGGCCCACUGACCAGAACCUUGUAGUGCAGGUCAGGCAUAUAUUGAACGAUCGGAAGAAGUUGCGCAAAGUCAUAGACCCAGAGAUGGGUCGGAGUUCAUAUACCAUGGAAUCAAUCGCCAUGUUUGCCAACCUUGCGUCUCGCUGUGUUCGCACUGAGAGUAGCGAGAGACCCUCGAUGGCAGAAUGUGUGAAGGAACUCCAACUAAUUCUCUAUGCAAAUGCGAAAAGUUUGGUUUCAGCGAUGCGUACAUUCAGAAUGAUCUGAAAACUUGAAACAUGUUGAUAGCUAGACAGUGUAAUUUACUUGCGUUCAUCUAUGGAAAAAGGGAAACAAAGAGUAGUCGAUGAGACAGGUGCAUGCGCACAGGAGAAACUUCCAGAUACAAAUUUUGCACCGUGUUGAGUUUUGCGUCUGUUUAUUUGUAAUUAUGAUUUGCAUUUCUAACAGUGACAAAAUUUGCACCA